GCCGCCGGGCCUGUGCCGCCGCCGCCGCCGCCGCCGCGCCGACCAUGUCGGCGGCCAAGGAGAACCCGUGCAGGAAAUUCCAGGCCAACAUCUUCAACAAGAGCAAGUGUCAGAACUGCUUUAAGCCCCGCGAGUCGCAUCUGCUCAACGACGAGGACUUGACGCAGGCAAAACCUAUUUAUGGUGGCUGGCUGCUCCUGGCUCCAGAUGGGACCGACUUUGACAACCCAGUGCAUCGGUCUCGGAAAUGGCAGCGGCGGUUCUUUAUCCUCUACGAGCAUGGCCUCUUGCGCUACGCCCUGGAUGAGAUGCCCACGACCCUGCCGCAGGGCACCAUCAACAUGAACCAGUGCACAGAUGUGGUGGAUGGGGAGGGCCGGACAGGCCAGAAGUUCUCCCUGUGUAUUCUGACACCUGAGAAGGAGCACUUCAUCCGGGCAGAAACCAAGGAAAUCAUCAGCGGGUGGCUAGAGAUGCUCAUGGUCUAUCCCAGAACCAAUAAGCAGAACCAAAAGAAGAAGCGGAAGGUGGAGCCUCCCACACCACAGGAACCAGGGCCGGCCAAGAUGGCUGUCACCAGCAGCAGCAGCAGCAGCAGCAUUCCCAGUGCUGAGAAAGUCCCCACCACCAAGUCUACACUUUGGCAGGAAGAAAUGAGGGCCAAGGACCAGCCCGAUGGGGGCAGCCUAAGUCCAGCUCAGAGUCCCAGCCAGAGCCAGCCUCCUGCUGCCAGCACCCUGAGGGAGCCUGGGCUGGAGAGCAAGGAUGAGGAGAGCACCAUGAGCAGCGACCGCAUGGACUGUGGCCGCAAAGUCCGGGUUGAGAGUGGCUACUUCUCCCUAGAGAAGACCAAGCAGGACUUGAAGGCCGAGGAGCAACAGCUGCCCCCGCCGCUCUCCCCUCCCAGCCCCAGCACCCCCAACAACAGGUAUAGUGGCCCUGGACCGCCCUCCCAGGAGCUUGGUCAUCCCCUUGCUUCCCCAGGUUCUCAACCCCCCGGCCGAAUGGUGUGCAGCAGCUCCCUUGGCUCUCUGGAUUCGGCCAGCCAGCCCCCCACCCGCAUGGACUCCGGCAGCGCUGGGGGGCGGGGAGCAGAGAGACCGGGGCGCACCUUUGCCUUUAAAGCCAGCAGGCAGUAUGCCGCCCUGGCCGACGUCCCUAAGGCCGUCAGGAUCAGCCACCGAGAAGCCUUCCAGGUGGAGAAAAGGCGGCUGGAGCGUAGGACUCGGGCCCGGAGCCCUGGCAGGGAAGAGGUGGCCCGUCUGUUUGGCAACGAGAGGAGGAGGUCCCAGGUCAUUGAGAAAUUUGAGGCCUUGGACAUUGAGAAGGCAGAGCACAUGGAGACUAACUCAUCAUCUGGGCCUUCACCAUCCAGUGACACUCGCCAGGGCCGCAGUGAGAAGAGGGCGUUUCCUAGGAAACGGGAUCUCCCCAACGAAGCCCCCACAGCUCCUCUCCCGGACACCUCGGCCACCCCCAUGUCUCCACACCGAAGAGCCAAGUCACUGGAUAGGAGGUCCACGGAGUCCUCCCUGACGCCUGACCUGCUGAAUUUCAAGAAAGGCUGGCUAACCAAGCAGUAUGAGGACGGCCAGUGGAAGAAACACUGGUUUGUCCUUGCUGAUCAAAGUCUGAGAUACUACAGGGAUUCGGCAGCUGAGGAGGCGGCUGACUUGGACGGGGAAAUUGACUUGUCUACGUGUUACGAUGUCACAGAGUAUCCAGUCCAGAGAAACUAUGGCUUUCAGAUACAUACAAAGGAGGGCGAAUUCACUCUCUCUGCUAUGACAUCUGGAAUCCGGCGGAAUUGGAUCCAGACCAUCAUGAAGCACGUGCACCCGACCUCUGCCCCAGAUGUGACGAGCUCACUGCCAGAGGAAAAGAACCGGAGCAGCUCCUCCUUUGAGACCUGCCCGAGGCCGAGUGAGAAGCCCGAUAUGGAGCGUGGAGAGCCAGACCCCGAGCAGAAGAGGAGCCGGGCUCGGGAGCGGAGGCGGGAGGGGCGCUCUAAGACCUUUGACUGGGCCGAGUUCCGCCCUAUCCAGCAGGCCCUGGCUCAGGAGAGGGCCAGCACCACAGGGAUUUCUGACACCCACCCUGAGGCUGAGGCCGGUGAGCUAGAGCGGGAGCGUGCACGGCGGCGGGAAGAACGCCGUAAGCGCUUCGGGAUGCUUGAUGCCACGGAUGGGCCUGGUGCCGAUGAUACAGCCCUGCGAAUGGAGGUUGACCGGAGCCCAGGGCUGCCAGUGACCACUGACCUCAAGACCCAGAACGUCCACGUGGAGAUCGAGCAGCGGUGGCAUCAGGUGGAGACAACUCCUCUCCGAGAAGAAAAGCAGGUGCCCAUUGCCCCCUUGCACCUGUCCUCCGAAGAUGGAGGUGACCGGCUCUCCACUCACGAGUUGACCUCUCUGCUGGAGAAGGAGUUGGAGCAGAGCCAGAAGGAGGCCUCAGACCUUCUGGAGCAGAACCGGCUCCUACAGGACCAGCUGAGGGUGGCUCUGGGCCGGGAACAGAGCGCCCGGGAGGGCUACGUGCUGCAGACUGAAGUGGCCACCUCCCCAUCCGGUGCCUGGCAGAGGCUCCAUAGAGUCAACCAGGAUCUCCAAAGCGAGCUGGAGGCCCAGUGCCAGCGCCAGGAGCUGGUCACGCAGCAGAUCCAGUCCCUGAAACGCAGCUAUGGGGAGGCCAAGGACGCAAUCCGGCACCAUGAGGCCGAGAUCCGGAGCCUCCAGGCGCGGCUCAGCAAUGCCGCCGCCGAGCUCACCAUCAAGGAGCAGGCACUGGCCAAGCUCAAGGGGGACUUGAAGCUGGAGAGGGACAAGGUCCGUGAGCAGCUGGAGGAGCGGCAGCACCGUGAGGCCGCACUCAGCGGGCAACUGCAGGCCAGUGAGCAGAAGCUUAAGAGCGCUGAGGCCCUGCUGUUGGAGAAGACACAGGAGCUGCGGGACUUGGAGACGCAGCAGGCACUGCAGAGGGACCGGCAGAAGGAAGUGCAGCGGCUGCAGGACCGCAUUGCUGACCUCAGCCGGCAACUAGGUGCUAGCGAGCGGGCCCAGAGGCUGAUGGAGGAGAAGCUGCAGGCCAACUACGAGCUGCUGCUGGAGAGCUGUGAGAAGGAAAAGCAGGUGCUUCUGCGGAACCUCAAGGAGAUGGAGGACAAGGCCAGCGCCUACGAGGACCAGCUCCAGGACCGAGAGCAGCAGAUGGAGGUCCUCCAAAAGGAGAAGCUGAGCGCCAAGUUCGAGGGCAGUGAGGUAGUCCACCGGCUGGAGGAACAGCUGCAGAUGAAGGAGGCCAGCAUCCAGAAGCUGGCUGAGCAUGUCCAGAGCCUCAGAGACGAGCGGGACCUGAUCAGGCAGCGGUUCCAGGAGCUGAUGGAUCGUGUCACCCUGUCUGAUGGGGACAUGGCUGAGCUUCAGGAGAAGCUGAGUGUGAGGGAGGCCGACUACCAGAGCCUGGAGCACUCCUACAGGAGGGUGGCUGGCCAGCUCCAGAGUAUGCACAUGCUGCUGAAGGAGAAGGAGGAAGAGCUGAAGCACAUCAAGGAGAUGCAUGAGAAAGUUCUGGAAAAGAAAGAGCAGGACCUCAAUGAGGCUUUGGUUAAAAUGGUUGCUUUGGGGAGCAGCUUAGAGGAAACAGAAACAAAGCUCCAGGCAAAGGAAGAGAUUUUAAGGAGAUUGGGAAAGGAAUUCUCAGAGGAUGCGGAGGAGCCACAGAGCUGCCUAGAAGAGGCAGGGGAUGGCACAGUGCUGUCGGGCCCACGGCUCCAAGCUGCUGGCUCACCCCCAGCCUCCCAACAUUCCAGGCUUGAGGAUGAGGAUCCUGGGGCUGUCCUGGUGGAGGAGCGUGGCGAUAGCAGCCCCAAGAGAGAAGAGAGCAUGGCGUCUCUGAAGUCAGAGGUGCCAGACAGGGAGGGGCCCCCUCAGAGCACAGCAAAACCUGACCAGGGAGGAUCUGGUGUUAAAAGGCAAAGAAUCCGGUUCUCCACGAUUCAGUGCCAAAAAUACACACACCCUGAUGGGUCUGAGAAGACCUGGACCAGCAGCACAUCCUCCGACACCAGCCAGGACCGGUCACCCUCAGAGGAGAGCAUGUCAUCAGAGGCCACCCCCAGCUCUCUCCCUGCAACCAGUGACUCCGAUACUUAUCUCUCCAUAAUACACUCCCUAGAGACCAAGCUCUACAUAACGGAGGAGAAGCUCAAAGAUGUGACGGUGAAGUUGGAGAGCCAGCAGGGCCAAAGCCAGGAGGCCCUACUUGCUUUGCACCAGCAGUGGGCUGGCACGGAGGCACGGCUCCGUGAGCAGCUCCGGGCCAGCCUGCUCCAGGUCGGGGCACUGGCCUCCCAGCUAGAGCAGGAAAGACAGGCAAGGGCGAAGAUAGUUGAAAAUCACGUUGGGGAGCUUGGCGACUUCCAGAUGAAAAACAGUCAGGCUCUGGCUUGCUUAGAGAACUGCCGAGAACAACUACGAUCCCUGCCAGCAGCCAGCCAGGAGGAAGCACAAGACACAGGAGCAGGCCCCCUGGCCAGCACAGAGGGCACACUCAUCAGCACCCACCCGGCCAUGCGCCACUGGUCCACUCCUUCAGACAGUGCGGCCCAGGCUCAGCCUGAGGACUCGAGUUUCUUGGAGAUCAGGAAAGCACUUUCACAGCCACCACACCGGCCUGAGCUGACCGAGCAGGAGCAGCUGAAACUCCUUUCUGAUCAAAUAGCUCUGGAGGCCUCGCUGAUAAACCAAAUAGCAGAGUCUUUAAAAAACACAACAUCAGAUAUCUCGCGAGUUCUCCAUGAGAUCUCCCAGUCAGGAAACUUGCCCCUGGAACCUGAAAGUGUGGCUCUCUGCCCUGGGGCCACAGCAGACACCUGGGCGAAGAAGUUGCUAGUGGAUGGUGAAUUCUGGAGCCAGGUAGAGUCCCUGAGUAAGCGCCUGGGAACGCAGAGAGGAGAGGCAGCUGAUGCAUCCAGAGGAGAGCCACAGAGUGUCCCAGCAGCCCUGGUCCCUGCCCUGGCGGAUGCCACGUGGGUGAGGGCAGAGCUCAACUUUGCCCUGCAGUCAGUAAGGGAAUCAUUCCAACGGAGGUUGCAGAGCAUCCAGGAGACCCUCCAGGGGACCCAGGUGGCCCUGCAGCAGCACAAGCGCGUGUUAGGGGACAUCUUGGGAGCCUACCGAACCCCCGACUUUGAGAGAGUGAUGCAGCAGGUCUCAGAAGCCCUCAAGCUUCCCUCAGGCAUCGAAGACAAUGUACAGGCAUCCUGGGACCUGAGCCCAUUAGGAGAAGUACUAAGUCAUCAAAAAGCAGCCAGCUCCCAGGAGCCCUUUUUCGUGGCCCACCAGAGCUCUGGGGCCCUUGUUGCUAUUCAGGAAGAACUCGCCCUGCAACUUAAAGAUAAGGCCAGCCUCUUGUGGGAGAUAUCUGCCGCUUUAACCUCACUUCCCCCUGUGGAAUCAGUAAGAGAUUGUCAGAAGCUUCUCCAGGCAUCCCAGAAUCUCUCCUGGAACACUUAUCUGGGAGGCCUCGGUCAGUAUUCUUCAUUAUUAGUUCAGGAUGCAAUUAUUCAGGCUCAGGUGUGUUAUGCAGCCUGCAGAAUCCGGCUGGAGUAUGAAAAGGAGCUGCAGUGCUACAAAGAGUCCUGGCAGAGCAGGGGAGCCUCCUGCCAGGAACACGAGCAAGCCGUUGGGGCUCUGAGGGAGGAGUACGAGGAACUUCUCCGGAAGCAAAAGAGCGAGUACCUGGAAGUGAUUGCCAUCGUUGAGAGGGAAAAUGCGGAUCUCAAGGCCAGGGUCACCCAGCUGGACCGUCAGCAGAGGUGUCUGGAGGAAGUGGAAAGCAAGCACAGUGAGAACAUGUUUGCCCUGCAAGGAAGGUACGAGGAGGAGAUGAGGUGCGUGGUGGAACAGUUGAACAGAGCAGGGGACACACUACAGGCAGAGCACAGCAGAGUCCUGAGCCAGCUAGACGCCUCUGUCCGAGACCGACAGGACAUGGAGAGGCAGCACGUGGAGCAGAUGCAGAGCCUGGAAGACAGGUUCCAGCUGAAGAUCAGAGAGCUGCAGAGCAUCCACGAGGAGGAGCUGAGGACCCUGCAGGAACACUACUCACGGAGCCUGCAGUGCCUACAGGAGGCCCUGCACCACUACCAAAGGCGGCACCCGGAGGCCCUGCCAGCCCCCAGCUCCCCACCCAGCUGGCCCACAAGCCAGCCCAGGGACACUCUGCAGGCCGCCAGUGGAGAGGCUGAGUCCAUGACAGGGCUGAGAGAGCGCAUCCAGGAGCUGGAGGCCCAGAUGGACACCAUGCGGGAGGAGCUGGGACAGAAGGACCUGGAGGGCAGCGCGGCCACACUGCGGGAGAAGUACCAGAAAGACUUCGAGAACCUUAAGGCCACGUGCGAGCGAGGGUUUGCAGCCAUGGAAGAAACGCACCAGAAGAAGAUUGAGGACCUGCAGAGGCAGCACCAGCGGGAGCUGGAGAAGCUGCGGGAGGAGAAGGAUCGCCUCCUGGCCGAGGAGACAGCAGCCACUAUCUCAGCCAUUGAAGCCAUGAAGAAUGCCCACCGGGAGGAGAUGGAGCGCGAGUUGGAGAAGAGCCAGCGGUCCCAGAUCAGUAGCAUCAACUCGGACAUUGAGGCCCUACGACGACAGUACCUGGAGGAGCUGCAGUCGGUACAGCGGGAGCUGGAGGUCCUGUCGGAGCAGUACUCCCAGAAGUGCCUGGAGAAUGCCCACCUGGCCCAGGCACUAGAGGCUGAGCGCCAGGCCCUGCGGCAGUGCCAGCGUGAGAACCAGGAGCUCAACGCCCACAAUCAGGAACUGAACAACCGCCUGGCUGCGGAGAUCGCACGGUUACGGACACUGCUGACCGGGGAUGCGGGUGGGGAGGCCACUGGCUCCCCUCUCACACAGGGGAAGGAUGCCUAUGAGUUAGAGGUCUUACUGCGGGUCAAAGAGUCAGAAAUCCAGUACCUGAAGCAGGAGAUCAGCUCUCUCAAGGAUGAGCUACAGACCGCGUUGCGGGACAAGAAGUACGCUAGUGACAAGUACAAAGACAUCUACACGGAGCUCAGCAUCGUGAGGGCAAAGGCCGACUGUGACAUCAGCAGGUUGAAAGAGCAACUGAAAGCAGCAACGGAAGCACUGGGUGAAAAAUCCCCAGAAAACACCCCUGUGUCAGGAUACGAUAUAAUGAAAUCUAAAAGCAACCCUGACUUCUUAAAGAAAGAUAGAUCCUGUGUCAGCCGGCAACUCAGAAACAUCAGGUCCAAGAGUCUGAAAGAAGGCCUGACGGUGCAAGAACGCUUGAAGCUCUUUGAAUCCAGGGACUUGAAGAAAGACUAGCCGUGUCCCGUUCAACUUGAACACACACACCCCUCCCAGCCUGCGGCAGCACUACCCCAGCGCUGCUUUUUGUCUGUACCUUUAUUUUUUAUUAUUAUUAUUGUUGUUACUGUUGUCAUCAUUAACUGUAGGUAUGGAUGCAUGAAAGACCGAUUUAAGGGUUGUUCACACCGUUCCCUGCUGUGUUGAUUCCAGCUUCCUAUGUGUUUGUCAAAGCUUUUUUUCCAUGGUAUUCUCAAAUCAGCCAAGCAGCGGGGCCGGGAGAGCUGUGUGCUCCUGGCCGGGAUCUGCACAGAGCCCCUGCCCACUGCAUCCACCGCACUCACCGUCAGUAUUAAGGCCCAGCAGCCUGUCGAUAAGCUAGCUCGUCCGCUGAGGGCACUGUGCAGAGUCGGGGCCUCCAGCGGCUCUCGCUUUGCUGCGUGUGGGCGCCAGGGGGGCAGCACUGACAACUCACUGGCCUGCGGGAGGAGCUGGAGGAGCAGGUGGGGAGGCGUGGCUUAUAACCUCCACUCACCACCUUUGGUUUGGGAGAAGAACAGUGUUUUGUACUUGUCCCACUAAUUCAGCUUAGAGCCACAGCCCAGAUAAUCGUGGGGAACCUUUCACAACCUGGAAAAUGUUGAAAGCAGCCAUUCCUAUUUUUGUUUGUUUUUUAUUAAAUCUUGCACAAAACCCCGGCCCCUCUCAUUCCUUCCUACGCUCGUUCUUUUCUUGGUCACUAGUAGUCCUGGUCUUUUCAUAAAGACUCACAGUGUUGAGCUGCAGCCCGGGGCUUCACACUGCUUGCCAGUCGUGAUGAAUUCCCUUGGGUAGUCCUUUGAGGGGAAGGACUGUUCAUGUCUUGAACCUUCCUGAAAGAAGCCUCUACAUUGCUUUUGAGAAGGUUGAGCGAAGACCCCUAUGUUAAGUCAAGAAGAAAGUACAGAGGAUGUCGGAUGAAACUUGCUGUUAUAUGUUUUGAGCUCUGAUUUGAGCUCUGAAAAGUUCUUUUGCAGCGGAGAGCCAGAAGUAAAACUAUACUAACAAUUUUGAUUUUUCUUAGAGAGUGAGACCUUUUUAACUGCCAGGAAACACCACAGUAAUCCUUGAGAAUCUGCUACAUGGGGCUUCUGUCAUGGCUGGGUGAGAACUAUUGAUCGUGUAAAGACAAGGAGUGCAAACCAGCCCAGCCCAGCGGGCCGCCAUUCAGUGGCCUUCAGAGCAGGCCGGAAGCUUUGCCUUGGAGGGUUUGGAGGAGCCCGCUCUGGUCUCGCUGCUUCUGUUGCCCCUUUUUUUUUACUGGCGGGAGCAUGCGUGCGCUCUGUGUCAAUGCUCCCGUUAGGUUGGCAGUCCCUGGGUACGUGGGGACUUUGCAGGUAAAAAUGUAGAAGUGCCCUUGCUUGGUCUCUAGAUUUAGUUCAGAACAGGCUCAUCCAAGGAAAGGCCUGGAAGGGUCUGGGGCGUGCCAGCUUCUCAUGGGAAUAAACUCUGAGUUCUCCACUGGCAUUGAGCCUUUCCUUCAUCAGCUUCCAGAAUCUCAACCCACACCCAUCACUCCUUUGCUGCUAUUUUUGCACGUUUUCAAAAGCAAGAGAAUAUCAGGUCUGGUGUUUUAAUUCUACUUCUCAGACACCGUUCCCCGCACCCCACUCCACCCCCCCGUAGGUUGGCAGCAUUUUUAGAAAGGUCCACGAUUUUGUGUGUGUGCCGCUCCGAACAGGAGCGUACAGAAGGGAUGUUGGGCCCUGGGGACCCUUCCGUCUCUAGAACACUGUUUAAUGGGUGUGUCGUCCAAGGCAGAGAGUGAUGUGCUGUCCAGCAGGAUCUGAUGGGCCAAGGGCCUUGCGCCGCGCCUCUGCUCAAGCUGUCUCGGCACCGUGAUUUCACGGCACCCCUCGGAAAACCUCCCUCAUGUAGUGCAGUUUUCUGUGUGGCUGCCCCUGCUGCCUCUGGGCAGUCUGGCCCUCCUCCAGGCAGCCCCCUGCCUCUAGCCCUCCCAGCUUACCUGGCAGCAUCCCCGCAUGCAUUCAGGUGCCACCUGCCUUCAGACUGUGCCGAGUCCGAAAUCUGCAGUGCUUUGUAGAGGUCGAAGAGCACCUUACAUACUUGUCUUCAUCAUUUACCCCUUGAGGUUAGACCUCCGGAAUCCUUGAACUCGUGUGCUGAGUGUAGCAUGUGGAAGUCGAAGGCAGAGACAGGGAAAGACCUAUCACUGCCGCCUCUGAAGGCUCCUCCUCACCACAGAGACCACAACUCCCUGCCCUGGGGCUGCCUCAGUCAGGGGGUUACCAGGAAGCUGGCUAGAAACGGGGGCACUCCGGCUUCCACCUCCCAAAAAUGCCCCGAGCCUGGCCUGGUCUUGCCCAGCAUCGCACAGUGAUAACUACUGUCAGGCCAAGAACCAGUAUGAGCCGCCUGCUGCUGAGCCCCAUCCUCCAGCUGGAGGGAGUGGGCAGGACAGAAGAAAGGGGCUGCACUGGCCACCUAUGUGUUGCACCCCAGCCCCCACUGUGCAGUCUCCGUACGCGCCCUGCAAGCCCCCAAGCCCCCAGGGGAGGGAUGUAGCCACCAAGUUCCGGAGGAGAGAAGACAGUUGUGGAGGUGGAGUUGGCCUCUGCUGGUAGAGACGGGUCCUUCAGGGGCUGCGGAUGGGCUAACACAGGUGAAGGUCAGCUCACGGCGCUCCAACUUCCCCAGGGAAGGGUGUGGCGAUAACACGGAUCGAGUCUCUACUAACCCACAGUUGUAACCGCUUUCCUGUGAAUGGUCACUAGUUCCUCUGUAACCCGCCAGCUCCUGCAAGCAAGCACGCCCACCGAGAGUGGGGAAACUAGCGACAGUUCUCGUGAGCGCGAGCUUGGGUCCCAGCAUGCGCACAGCUGCGCACAAGCACAGACGCACACCGAGGAGCCGCUUUCUGCUGGUCGGGCUCCGUGUUUAGCACGUGGGUGUGAGAGCUAGCAUUCCUGCUAAGUGUGGCUGGUGGCGGCUCCCCUGGUGGGUGGCCACGGUGUGGCAGAUGGAGCGCUUUGCCGUUGGAAAUGGAAGCUUGUGCCAGAAGGCAUCGAAGUGGGUCUGAAUUUAAGGGAGGAAGUUAGGGCCAUGGUGGGGACGUGUGGGUUUGGCAAGAGCUGAGACCAAAGGCGCCUCCCUGUGAAUCCAGCAAGUGGAAAGGCUGAGAGUGAGGGAAGGCCCUGGGCUCUGGCUAGUUACGUGCACUCUGUUGCUAGCGCCCUGACCUGACCGCUAGGCUUUGGGGCCUCACCAGGGCCAGGGGAGGAAAGAGACGGAACUGCGGUUUUUAAAAACCCUGGGAGUCGGCCAGUACGGGAUUCUGACAGGUAAGGCCAGGAGACCAAAUGGAUGGUGUACAAAACAUCAUUAGAGAUGUAUUUAAUAUUCUUUAUUUCACCGCGGAGGGAGACAGACGGAAUGUGGCCCUCUUUGUUACUGCUGCCUGGCGGUCCCCUGGGCAAGUCGGUUUUUAAGGCCUCUGGGGCAGAAGGUAGCAGGUGGCCACCCCGCCCCUGCCGCUGACCCUGUGAGCGCUUGACUCAGGCUAGAAAGGGGCGCGGCUGGGCUCCCCACUCGGUGAGCCAGCAGGCAGUGUAUCUCUCCUUUAGAAGGUUUCUCCCCCGCACGCCUGCUAGUAACUCCCUGGACGCUGGGGUGGGGGGCUGCGCCCUCCCCGGCCUCGGUGCCCGCGAGCUAGCUUCACGGCUAAGCACGCCCCACUCCUUCCCGCCGCUCCUGCCCCAGGGUGUCUCCUGAGGCGCUUCUCCAGGGGCUCAGAGUGUUCUCCGCUAGAGUGGGAAGGACGUCUUGUCUUCUUGAACGGAAGAGAAUUCCUGAAAGGAAGUUUCCUCAUCUUUGUUCUAAAGAAGCUUGAGAUUUUAACACUUUCCAUCCCAGAUACAAUUUCAGAAAGCCGGAAAACUAAAGCAGAAUUCAGUGACUCCCCCCACUUUUACUACCAAAAAAGCCUGGAUGGUCGGGGGGCCGUGUUCAGAGGUUUACCAGGGCCGGGAGGUAUGUAGCCUUCCACUUAAGAGGAAUCGCAGUAAAAGGAAUUCCAGCUUGGCGUGCUGAUUGGAAGCUUCACUUCUCCAGAAACUUCACUUCGGUCCUUUUGAACACCACCCCCCCCAAUCCUCACGGGGGCUAUCCAUGUUUGCUGUUAGGCGUUUGCUGUGUAAACCGAUCUGAAGUGCCCCGUCCUGUGUCCCCACGGCGCCGCACCCCGCCGGCCCUUCACAGGGGCUUGGGAAGGGGCCGCUGCCAACUGGCUGGUGCUGGAGCUUCGGGAAGUUGGGUACCGGCGCGCGGCUUUUCCCCUCUGGCGUCUCGGGUCCUUCUCGAGCGGGGAGCCCCGGGCGCUCAGCCGGGAGUGCGGGGGAGCGGCCGCGGGGGUCCCGCAUACUUCGCACUCGGGGCUUUCUCAGGGCACACGGCGCCCCUCCGGCUUGCCCGUGCCGCCGGGCGCUACCGACUGAGCCUCGGAAAGGUGUUCUUAGCUGAGAGCGGGGCAGAAGGUAACGUGGUCCGCCGGCCGCGGCGCCGAGUACGCACAGUGGACACGCCCCUCCUCCCGCAGCGCUCCCAGGGAGGGGGCCCGCGAACCGGGCGCGGCGCCGCGUGUGCGCACACCCGAGCGAGCACGUCUAGCCAGCCCGUACCUCCCACAGUUGAGGAUUUAAGCGACAGUCAGCCUCAAGGGAGUCACGUAAGACCACCGGUUUGGGGAUCCUUUGAUAGGAAGACAUGACAAGAGCGCAGUCUGGACGCGAACACUCACUUCGUCUGAAGGGCCGUCUGCGGGGAAGGACCCGGCCGCAUCCACGUGCCCUGUGGAGAACGCGUUUCGAGUCCUCGUUUCUUUAUACAGGGAAGCGGUCUCCCUUCUCGGUGUUUCAACGGGAGGUGCUCAGGGGCAGGCGGUCGUCAGCGCCCCUCCCCGCGUAGGGAGCGGGACCACCUGCGCCCCCGAGCCUGGCCCUGCCCCGGUAUUGAAAAGCAACCAUGUUGGUUUUCCUCAGAAUAACCUGUAGGUCGUUCAGAGGGAGCAGUGUAAAUAGUCCUCGGAAGCUCCUGCAGGGAUUUGUGCGUGUGUGUGACAGAGUUUGUGUGGGUUUAAAAAAAAAAUCUCAACGGCCCUCCCUGUGUAAGAAGGGGAGGAGCGCUUUGGGUACAAGGCUGAACUCCACCCAGCGUCCCAAGGAAAUGUUUUUCGUGACUGGUGUAUCUUUUUAAAAAGCUGCGGCCACUUCACAGGCGGUUUUAAAGAGUGUACGACGGUAUCUGAGAUGACAGCAGGCCUGCCUUCGUGCGCUUUGCCCGUAGAAGACCUCGAUCGUGCUUGCUGCUGUCACAGCCACGUCGAAACCUCCAAAAAGUGGACAGAGAGGAACAUGGUGGGUCCCUCUUCCUGUCUUCCCCACGCCCUUGACAUGCUAAUGGAACACCUGGAGGGAGGCUUCGUUCAAAGCACAGGUGUGGCGUGAGUGGCCCAAAUGGGUGACCUGUGCACACUUGCCAGGCUGGACAUCUGCAUCUCCUCAGCGACUGGGUUCUGUGGGGGGACAGCGUCGAGGGCACCAAUGUGGCCACCCUGCCGCGUGUGUCCACGUUCAUGUGACGAGGAAACCUACAGUCAUACCACCUCAGAACUGGAUCGUCCGGUCCUUAGGCCGACCCUGGAGGGCGUGCAGGUCUCGAGGUGGAAGCACACGGCCCGUGGGUGGCGGUCGCGGGCCUUCCCAGGAGGCAGUCCGAGCACCACAGAGAGGCGGAGUUCUGGAAGCACGGCGGUUGCCAGACGCAGCGUGCCUGCUGCCUGUCGCCUGUCCCGGGCCCUCUGUUCUUUGCCCUUUGCAGCUAGUAGUACACAUUUCAGUUUUGUUUUGUAGGAAACUCGGCCUGGAUUAUAUAACGAACACUAAAGUCAUUAUCAUGUCACGUUUCUAUCACAGAACCAAUUAAAGUGGAUUUUAGGAUUUACCUUUAGUAUUAAUGACUUCUCUACUGACAUUGUUAGGACUUAAGACCAGUUAAGUGAUAAGAAUUCAUGUGGUUUUCCUAAGUAAUAUUUAUAAAAUGUAAAGUUUCUAAUCACUCCUCAACAACUGUAAUUCUUACUAACUUUUCUCACUAAUACUGUUCUGCUAGAGUGAGUGUCUCAGGUCAGCUACUAGGGACAGCACUCAGCCGAGCUGCUGGGGGAGCUGACGCACGAACAAGGUGGGAAAUAACCCACAGCAGUGACGGCUGCCACAGCUAAUGCCUUCACCCCUCGGGUGUAUGAUUCUAACUGGGGUUUCCUUUCUGUACUAACGUUAGAUGAUGAUGUUCACCAAACCCAAAGUUCUGUGCGGGAGCGAGCAGAGGCCUGGAGAGCGCGGGCGAGUCCUGUGCACCAGCCUGUAGGUGCAGCAGGAGCCCCUGAGUGGGGCAGGGGGACCCCGUCAGGCUACGCCGUCCUCCCGAACAGAUGAGCCUGGCCAGCUAAGCCGCUCGCCCUUUAUGACAAUUCAAGAUCGUGAUGGUGUCAUUGAAGAUUUUUAUUAACAAAGUUUCUGAACAACUGUUCACUACAGUUUGAAGUGUUACUUCCUCAGAAUAUUUAUUCCUUUGCGUGACAUGCUAGAUUCCCAUGGAUGUAGCUUAUCAUUUCUAUUUUGUAAAUAAUUACCUAACUUUACAUAAACUAUAUCAUAAUAAACUAUUUUUGCAUCA